AUGGCCGUGGCCUGGGAGUCUGAGGCGUCUGGAGCCGUAGGGGGUCUGAGAGGCUUCGUAGGGCUCCGGCGCGGCGGUGGUCGGGGCGUGGCUGUGGGCGGGGGCGCGGCUGUGGGCGGGGCGGGGCUCGGGGCGGGGCUGUGGGCGGGGGCACGGGGGCGGGGCUGUGGGCGGGGCGGGGCUGUGGGCGGGCUGUGGGCGGGGCGCGGCGCGGCGCGGCAGGGUUCGGGGGCGUGGCGGGGCUCGGGGUGGGCGCGGCGGGGCUCGGGGCGUGGCGGGGCUCGGGGUGGGCGCGGCGGGGCUCGGGGGCGUGGCGGGGCUCGGAGGGGGCGUGGCGGGACUCGGGGGCGGGCGGGGCGGGGCUCGGGGCGGGGCGGUGGUCCGGGGCGGGGCGGGACUCGGGGGCGUGGCGAGACUCGGGGGCGUGGCAGUGGUCCGGGGCGGGGCGUGGCGGGGCUCGGGGCGUGGCGGGACUCGGGGGCGUGCCGGGGCUCGGGGCGUGGCGGGCUCGGGGGCGUGUCUAGGAGCGUCCCCUGUCCCAGGCCAGCCUUGGAGGUGGGGCUUUGGAAGGCUCGGGGGCGGGGUUACGUAGGGGUGCGGCUUCUAAGGGGCGUGGCCUGGAAAAUGGCUCGGCCGGGGCGCUUGGUCAAGGACGUGGCGGUGCUCGGCGGAACCGCGGGCCCGCGCGGGGGCGCGCACAGAGGCUCGCACCGCGGCUCGGGGGCGGGGCCGGGGCGGGGCCGCGCAAGCCCAGCGCUCGGGGGCGGGGCCGGGGCCGGGCGGGGCUCGCUAUCCGGUCGGUGUCCGCUCCAGUCUCCGCCGCCGCGGUCCUAG